GAUGUCUAACAUGUGGACUUUCACUUUUGUUUUGGUUGCAAUAAUCGCAGAAGUAUACUCCCGUGAUAUCCCAGACUUUGGUUCAACCCAGCGUCUUCAAGUGGAAAAAGGGCAAUAUAUGGAAAUACGAUUGGGGCUAUGGAUACACCGUGACUCACCUGGAGCACCUUGUGCAGAUGAGGAAUAUCUUGAGAUCCGUGAUGGGUAUAAUCAGUCUGGAAAUCUUUUGGGUGUAUUUUGUGGAAGAUACGUUCCUCACUUUACGCUACGUUCCAAUGGACAGAACACGUGGUUAAGGUUCUCAUCUAACCAUAGAUACCGGCUAUUUUAUCCCAGAUAUUAUGAGGGAAAAGCAUUAAGUGCAACAGUUCCCACUAACCUAAGAAACGUCGCAAAGACUCAGUUUGUCCUCCACCAAUCGUCAUCUUUGUGGUGCCCGGCGGAAGGUGGACCAGCUCCUCGCAUUGUUUGGAGAAAGAAUGGCGCUGUUGUGCAAAACAGCACUAGCGUGCGACUUCAAAUCAACGUCACUGAAGAAGAAAGAAGUACAACUUACAGCUGCGAAGUGGACGACCAUGGCCAGUUGAAGAGGAAAAACAUCAAUCUUAUCGUCGAGAAGUGUCCUCAACAGUGCCAAUGCAAAGUCCUUAAAGGCAACAUGAGGAGCUUAGUAUCGGCCGAUUGUGGAACGAAACAGCUUAAGUUAAUUCCAAAGAAAAUUCCCCGAGCCACAGGAAAACUCACGCUCUCAAACAACAAACUGAAGCACUUGCCGAAGGAAGUUUUCAGUAGAAAUUCUAAUCUGCUAAAACUGGACCUGUCCAAGAACAAGUUGCAGAAGUUGCCAGCGGGGGCCUUUAGUAACAACUCAAGGCUGGAACAUCUGAUCUUGUCCAACAACCAGUUACAGAAUUUAACGCAAGGAGUGUUCGCUGGCAUCAAGGUUUCCCUCCGAGGGAUGUUGACACUGGACUUGUCCAAAAACCAGUUACAGGAUUUACCAUCAGGGGUGUUCACUGGCAUUAAGGUUUCCCCAGGGGGGACGUUGACGCUGGACUUGUCUCACAACCAAUUAAAGAAUCUAUCUCCAGAAGUUUUUGGCGGAAUUUACUGGUCCUUUUCUUCAACUGUGACGCUGGACUUAUCCCAUAAUCAGUUGCAGGACUUACCCUCAGAAAUUUUCAGAGAGCUUUCGGGGCUCGUCAGACUGGACUUAUCCCAUAAUCAGUUACAGGACUUACCCCCAAAAGUUUUCAGCCACCUUUUUUAUCUCGACAGAGUUGACUUGUCCUAUAACCAACUGGAACAACUGCCUCCAAGAGCUUUUUUUGAAAUGGUCUUCCUUCAAGAACUAUACCUGAACAACAACAACUUAAAGUAUUUGUCCUCUGAUCAACUACCUAAACGUCAGCAUUGGCCCAUAUUUGAAAACCUAACCCUGGACUUCAACAAACUGAAGACUCUUCCUUCUGAUAUAUUCCAGCGUUUCAAGAUAAUAGAUCUGUGGCUGGGAAACAACAACAUCAAAGAGUUACCUGAAAACUUGUUUGCGGGGCAAGAUAAACUAAAAUAUCUGCGGUUGAGCGGCAAUCAGCUAGAAAAGCUAUCACGUGAAAUAUUUCUUGAAUUGUCUGCCUUGGAAGAAUUGGACUUGUCCUACAAUCAGUUGCAGUUUUUGCCUCGAGGGAUACUUAGCAACAACACCAACCUGACAGAACUGAAUUUGUCAAACAACAAAAUUCAGCGUCUGCCCAUGGAUAUUUUUGGCAACCUCACUCAGAUGAAAAGGCUCUUUCUCUCCAGUAACAAACUUCAGCGCUUGCCAAGGUUCACAAAUCUGUCCAAGUUAGAAAUAUUAUACAUGGAUAACAACAGCCUCGUACACCUGUCACCUGAUCAGUUCCAAGGCCUGUCCAAACUGGAGGAACUGGCUGUUUAUGAAAACAAUAUCAAGCACCUGCCGCGUGAAGUUUUUAAGGGCAUGAAAAACAUGAUGUCUAUGAAUUUUUAUUUCAACAAUAUCCGUGCCAUUACCAACGAACAUUUGAAAGAUGUCGCCCCAACUAUUCGAUUCCUGUACUUCCAUUUCAACGAAAUGCGAGAACUACCGGAGGGUUUCUUUUCAAACAUGAAGAAUCUAAUAACUGCGACUGUAGACACCAACCUGAUGUGUUGCCAUUUGACGAAGGAGGACGCAGAUUGCGACUUUGCUUAUGUCGACAGCUUCGCCAGUUGUGAAACUUUGUUCAGAAAUCGAGCUCCUCGGGAGUGCCUCUGGGUGAUUGGAAUCAUGUCGUUGGUUGGUGCUGUGUUUGUCAUUGUGUGGCGGUUGGUGUUUCGGGAGAAGAAGAAGAAAAACAAGAUACAGUCAAUGAUGUUGAUACAUUUGGCUGGGGCUGAUGGACUUAUGGGUGUCUACCUCAUAACUAUAGGUGUGGUGGAUGCCAUUUGGGCAGGGGAGUAUUAUUUGCAUGACUAUUACUGGCGUUCAAGUUUGACAUGUCAGAUAACAGGUGCCAUUGCCGUGAUGUCAAGUGAGGUGUCUGUAAUGACGAUUUGUUUGCUCUCCGCCGACCGGAUGAAAAAUGUUCUGUUCCCCUAUCGUGGAAAGUCCCUUUCCCUUAAGGUUACGCACCUUUUGUGCUUCCUUAUCUGGAUUGUUGGUGGCAUAAUUGCAUUUAUUCCCACGGUGGGCUUUGACUACUUCGGUAGUCGCCAGAAAGGUCAUCACUUUUAUGGCAGAUCAGUUGUAUGUUUGCCAUUGCAGCUUUCCACUGAUAAGCCGUCGGGCUGGGAAUACUCUGUUGCCAUGUUUGUGGGUUUAAACUUUAUCCUUGUGCUCUUUGUCGUUGUGGCAUAUACGAUGAUAAUCUAUAAGACCUGCGCAUCAAGUAGGCGCAUGGCUAAGCAAGGGACCGAAAGAGAGAGGAGAAUGAAAGCCAAGGCAAGGGCAGCCCAUCUAAGGAGGGAGGCCUCGCUCGCCAAAAGAGUGUUCUUCAUUGUUCUUACCGACUGUGCCUGCUGGCUACCUAUUGUGGCGAUUGGAAUGAGGUCUCUCUUGGAAAAAUCCUUCCGUACACCUGGUGACCUCGCAGUUUGGAUCGCAGUCUUUGUUCUGCCAGUUAACUCUGCCAUCAAUCCCAUUCUCUACACCUUGUCUACCCCACAGGUCCGAGGUGUCAUCAGAGCCAAACUCCAACCAUUGUGGGAUUAUCUGAUGACAAAACUCGGCCGAAAUCAAAAUGCGGAAGUUCAAGAUCAGGGAAUAGAGAUGAGAGUUAUCGAAGAAGUACAAAACCAAGAGGAAGUUGAGAGCGCUGACGAUAGUGAGGAUGAAUCGCAAGAAGAACAAGGAGAUGGUGAGCAACAUGCAGGAUCAGGCGAAGACAAUGAACAACCUACUGAAUCCCAGCAAGUUGACCAUGAACAAGACGAAGAACCAAAACAAGCAAAAGAAGAAUCUACUGAAGCGAAGCAAGUUGAAUGUGAAGAAAACGAAGAACAAAAACAAGGCCGAAAAGAACCCACUGAACAGCAGCGAGUUGAACGUAAACAAGACGAAGAACCAAAACAAGGCCAAGAAGAAGCCACAGAACUGCAGCAAGUUGUACGUGAACAAGACGAAGAACCAAAGCAAUGCCAAGAAGAAGCCACAGAACAGCAGCAAGUUGUACGUGAACAAGACGAAGAACCAAAACAAUGCCAAAAAGAACCCGCUGAACAGCAGCAAGAUGAAUCUAAAAGAAACGAAGCACCAAAAGAUGACCAUGAAGAACCCCCUAAAAAGCAUGAAGUUGAACAAGAUCAUCAAGCAGAUUCAAAGGGAAACAAAGAAGUAAGUGAAACGCAACGAGAAAAACAGGAGCUAAAUGAAGACGAUGGAAAACCUGAGCGAAAGCUUAAAGGAUACGACCAGGAAUCCAAACAACCGGGCACUCAAGAAGAGGAAGAAGAAAAAGAACCGAAUGUCGACCAUGCAGAGCCUGAUGAGCUAAAAGAUGAGGGUAAACAGAAGAAAAAGUCGAAAAGAAAUGAAAAAGAAAGUGAACAGCAACAAGAGCAAAAUAAACAAGAUGAGCAGGAGCAAGAAGAACACCCAGAAGAAACCGAAAAGGAGCAAGUUGAUUGUGAUCAAGAAGAACGAGAACAAGACCAUAAGGAUCCUAAACUCGAGCAAAUUGGACAAGAAAAACCAAAAGGAGACGAUGAAGAUUCUAAGAAAAAGCAACUGGAUUAUGAACAACCAAAAGAAGGCCAUGAAGAACAUAUGAAAGACCAACUGCAGCAAGGAAAACCAAAAGGAGAGAAUCAGGAACCUAAACAAGAGCAACUGGAAACUGAAAAGCCAAAAGGAGAGUACGAAAAACUCAACCAAAAUCAACUUGGAGACGAGAAGUCAAAAGAAGCUUGCGGGGACUCCCAACCGCAGGGUGAUGGGUCCUCGGAAGAUAAAUCUCCACGACAGCAGCAGCUAGUUAUGGACGAAGGACAUUACGAAGAAGAUGAUAUGGUGCUGGAUACACGUCUGUAAUUGCUAGCAUUGACUCAUCAAGUCCUCUUUAGUUCUAGUUAUCGUUUUAGUAAAAGAAAGGUUAUAUACCGUUAUAUCAUGAAAAUGAUGCAUUUACUUAACCAAGAGCAUUAGAGAAUAACUCAUAUAAGGUAUGACAGUGACUAGUGCGAGCCCGCAAUGUUUGUUUUCAUUUUUUGAUUGUCUGAGUUGUUGUAGACAAGUAAAAACAGCUACAGGAGAAAGGAAGUUAGUAUGGUUUGCUAAAUAGAUAAUCGUAAAAGCAUGUUUACGGCCGUGUUGCGUUUCCAGUGUCGUCAGAAGUUUCCGCAACUGAUUUUAUUUCAAUAUUAUUAGAUUUAUUACUACUUAUAAACAUUAUUUAACUAUUUACUCAGCAUUCAGUUGCAUAUAUUACUCGUUAUUUAUUGACUUUAGUCCUAGCAUGUUCUUUAGUAGGUGGCUUAAUUGUUAUUACAAUGCUACGCCACUAAUCGUAUUUACUCCACUGCACACAUAUAUCAAGUGCACAGGUCAGAUAAUGUAUUUUCAUCUGGCGCCUUUAUUUAUUCACCUUUGUUGUUAACCUACGAUUUAAGUUAAAAUUUUGUAGGAGCUUGCGCAAAAAUAGAAG